CAAAGCACUAGUGAACUGCCACUACUACGCGAUAGUCUGUGGACCAGGUGCACCAGUAGUACGUAGCUUGUGUGGAUCUCGAAAUUUCCAUCUAAUAGCGUACGUCGAUUGAACAAAGCUUAGCAUCAUCGCGUGACAAAAAAUUGGACUCAGCAUCAGGAAGCUCCAAAGUGCUCUAAUACAGAGCAGAGACAAAUAUCUUAGAAAACAUGAGCUCGGCAAUCAUAAGUGUGCCCCGAUUCCUGCUCCCGCGGGGGGCUCGGCCGUUGCGGCGCGUAUCGCAUCACGGAACCGCCCUUCGCUCAUCUGCGGUCUCGGACACGCCGGCGCAUGUGAGGUUUGGCUCUACCAUAAAGUCUCCGACCUCUGCAAAGCAGCAGCAACCCCCACGUCACACCGUUCUUGAGAAGCCCGAAAAGUUCAAUCCACCAUCACAUGGAGCCCGGUUGCCCAAGAAGGGAUACACUCCCCCUCGAACCUAUGGCGGAGACCUGUCAUCCGAGCAGAUCAAGGUCCAGAAUACCAAGGACUAUCCGGGUAUGCCGCCGCCUCAAGGCUCCAUGGCACAUCGGAUCAUCCAUAAUAGACGUCUGCACGCUUUCAUAUCCAUUGGUGUCUUGACUAUCUUGGCCAUCUAUACCUACGUCUUGAACUUCAAAAUGACCUCUCCAUACGUGGAUAUGAUCCCUCCUUGGUCCGAUUUCUUCUGGCAUCCCUUUUCGUCCAUUUAUACCGUCUUCGACGCCCUGAGGCUCACCACCCUGCACAACUCGGCCGUAGUGGCUGCCAAGAGAGAAAAGGCUAUCGACGAUGUCCUAAAGCGCAGGAAAUACCGCAAAGCGCACGGCAUCGACGAGUCGGAAGGGGUUGCUGGAUGGUUCAAGGCUGAUCCGGUGGACCCAGAAGAGCAAGAAGCACCUGCAAACGCCAACGCUGUAUCGCCUGAUCAGCAAAAGGUCGCGGAGGCUUCUCCUUCUUCAGAGGGGAAGAAAGAUAACGAGCCGAGAAAAAAGGUUUUGGGUAUCUUUUGAGAGAGGGGCGCCAGAUACAUUGCGCCUCUACUGAGUAGUACACAGUUCUGCCUACCCUGCCACCACGAGUAGCUCACUGCUCGAGCGCGUGACAAAAAUUUCUACCUGCAAGACUAUAAUCUCAUGACAGCUCUACGGCCUUCAGGGCGUCCAAGACUUCAUCAGCCACACCUCCCUUCUCUAGCACCUUUUGUACAAUAGCAUUCAUGACGGCCAACUUUGUUCCUCCUCUUGGCGGUUUCCAGACACCCUCCACUGCUUCAGUAUCUGCAUUCCGGGCCUCUGUUUGCUUUUGGGGCGCCAGACCGGGCGCGGUAUUAGUGUUGGUAGCAGCGGCAUCUAUAACCGUAUCGUCUGCUGCUCCGGAAGGCGUCAACCUUGAUGGAGGGUCGAUGACGCGGAUGGAAAGCAGGCGCAAAUUUCGGGCUCCACUGCUGAGAGGCUUCACCGCCCCCGAGUCCACCUCCAUAUCGUCGGGAGGAUUUGCUGCUCUUACUGCUGCCUCGGUGAUUGAGAUAGCGAUGGCUACGUCCGCCACCGCAAGCUCCUCCUUGGAUGGGUCGAAUAUGAUGUUGUCGCCAACAGCAGUCACAAGAAGGGUGAUCGGCGGUCGAGAGCUGGCAGCACUCUCGGCUGCCUUUUUCCGUGAGUACAGGAACGGCGAGACGUCCCAAUCGUCAUCGAAAAGAGGGUCCUCGUCGCCUUCGGAUUUGAGGCGCGGUAGCCUUGUGGCCAGCAGUGCAAGGUGCGUAGUAAGGGACAGCAAAGGUAGCGGAUAGGAGAGCGGUGGAGAUAUGAGUAUAACCUGUAAUAAAGGACCGUUCAAGUGUUAAGAGGUUUUGCACGCAUGUAUUUAUGAACUGGGACACCGAAACGUACGUCCAAGUACAGCUUCCAAUGAAAUCUGCUGUUGAUCCAAAGCUUCUUCGCAAACUCUCCGUCGGCCAGCAGAGCCUCGCUCAGCAUUUCCGACAGGAAGAUGGUGUUGGCGUCGUCAUCUCUCAGCCCGGGGAUCUCGACCGAAAGCUCGACCCAUUCUGACCGUCCCGCUCUUUGUCCAUGUUGCUGCUGCUCCGCCCCGUCAUCGUCAUCGUUGGCCGCCGUGGCCGCAGCCAGCUUUGCAGCCUCUUCCUCCUCGUGGUUGUAUGCCAGCCGCGUCUUCUCGACCUCGGCCUUGACGCCCACGAUGGCCUCGGUGCCGUCGGCAAAGCAGAUGCGCGCGCUGCCGUUGGUGCCGGGCAGGAUGCCCGUCUCGGCCGUCAAGGGUCGGAACUGCGUCGCGGUCCUACCAUCGGGCCGGAUCGGAGGGGUCAGGGAGAGGGAGUCGUGGAGAUAAGCGAGCUCGGCGGGUGACAGCAGGACGUUCUGUGAGGAGGAUGCCAUGGUGGGGGGGUUCGGUCGAUCGGUUGGUUGGGUUUGGUGUGUGUGGCUUUAUUGAUUAGAAAUCCCGCUCGUAGCAGGUGACCUCUUGGGCGCUCUUCCGCCCUUGGCUCUUUUUUUUUUCUUUUUCUUUCUCUGAGGUGCUUAUAAAUUGGCCUAAAUAGGUACGUAUCUUGCUGCUUCAUUCCAAA